AUGAGCGAUAACACCGACGACUACUCGUACGACUACGAGUACCUCUACAAAAUCGUGUUGAUCGGCGACUCCGGCGUCGGCAAGUCCAACUUGUUGUCCCGGUUCACCAGGGACGAGUUCAACUUGGAGUCCAGAUCGACCAUCGGCGUCGAGUUUGCCACCCGGACGUUGGAGAUCGACGGCAAGCGCGUCAAGGCGCAGAUCUGGGACACUGCGGGCCAGGAGCGGUAUCGCGCCAUCACGUCCGCGUACUACCGCGGCGCGGUGGGCGCGUUGAUAGUGUAUGACAUCUCCAAGACGGAGUCGUACGAGUCGGUGUCGCGCUGGUUGAAGGAGUUGAAGGACCACGCGGACGCCAACAUCGUCAUUGAGUUGGUGGGCAACAAGUCGGACUUGGACCACUUGCGGGCCGUGCCCACGGACGAGGCCAAGAGCUUUGCCACCGAAAACAGCUUGUUGUUCACGGAGGCGUCUGCGCUCUCGGCGGACAACGUGGACUUGUCGUUCCACCAGUUGUUGAAGAACAUCUACGAGAUGAUCAGCAAGCACCAGUUGGACACCAACGAGAACGCGCUGGCGGCCAAGCCGCGCAGCGGGCCCACCAUUUCCUUGACGCCUGCGCCGCAGGAGAAGAGCAGCAAGAACUCGUCCUGUUGCUAG